AUGAGCAUGGCGCCAUCGUCCACGGAUGAGCAUGCCAUUGACGAGCUUGCCAUCGCCAUUGACGAGCUUGCCAUCACCAUCACCGAGCUUCCACUCGAGACGCGGUUCCCGCCCUUCCGUCUGAGGCAGUACGGCGGGUUCUGGCUGCUGGAGAAGUUCCUCCAGGGCGUUCCGGCCGUCCACUCCGUCUUCGAGCCGAGGCCGUCCGACGUCCUCCUCGCCAGCUUCCCCAAGCGCGGCACCACCUGGCUCAAGGCCCUCGCCUUCGCCACGCGCAACCGGGCUGAGCACCCGCCGCGUGGCCUUGACCACCCGCUCCGCCGCCGCAACCCUCACGACAUCGUCCAGUACCUGGAGCUGCAGUUCGCGCAAUCCAUGGGCCACGUGGUGGCGGCGCUCCCUUCCCCGCGCGUGCUCGCGACACACCCGCCCUACUCCCUCCUGCCACGGCGCAUCACGGCGGAGGACUCGGGCUGCCGGAUCGUCUACAUCUGCCGGGACCCCAAGGAUGCAUUUAUCUCCUCGUGGUUCUUCACCAAGAAAACCGUGGCGGCGGUCGCUGCGCGGGCACAAGCCGGCGAGGAGCCGCCGCCAUACACGUUUGCGGAGGCGUUCGAGCUCUUCUGUGAUGGCAUAUGUGUCAGCGGCCCGCAGUGGCAGCACGUGUUGAGCUACUGGGAGGCGAGCAGGAGGCAGCCGGAGAAGGUGCUCUUCCUCCGGCACGAGAAGAUGCUACGGAACCCCACGAGCAACGUGAAGAAGCUGGCGGAGUUCAUGGGGUGCGCCUUCUCCGGCGAGGAGGAGGCGACGGGGGUGGUGGAGGACAUCGUGGAGCUGUGCAGCCUCGAGAGCCUCAAGAACAUGAACGUGAACAAGAGUGGCAGCCAUGGUCCGCUGGCGCACGAGUCCUUCAGGAAGGGUGUGGCCGGGGACUGGAGCAACCACAUCACGCCCGCCAUGGCGGAGAGGCUCGACAAGAUCGUCGAGGACGCGCUGCAAGGAUCGGGAUUGACCUUUGAUGUCGCAGCAGAGCCGUCUGCAUGA